AUGAAUUCGGGCCAAUAUCAUCGUCGUCCCCAGAUGGAAAGCUUGCAUUCGGGCUAUCAGCAUUCUGAGAGCCCUAGUCCAUCAACACGUUCAACCCGCCAAAUGGCCACCUUUAAUGGACCUUCCCGAAUGCAAUCGGGCCAACAAUACAUAGUCGAUCUCUCAACUACUCCAGCUAUGCACCCCGACGACUAUAGCCUUGCCAUCUCAACAGCUAUGCCACAAUCUUCGGCAAUAUGGAGCACACCCAAUCAGGCACCAAUGAAUUUUGACGAUCAGACUGUCAACGAUUACUACGGGUACUCGUCGGCCGUUGCCAGCAACGAACCAGAGGGUAGCUUCUUACGGGGUAUAGAAUUCUCUGAGAUUCCUCGCUCUUGGACACCAUAUGACCCCAGUAUUCUUUAUGAGAGCAACCUGGCUGUGGAAUCUCUUGGCCCAUCUGUCUAUAUGAUACACCACGACGACGAUGACAUGCAUAGGUUAUCAGACCGAUCUACACUUGGAUUUGAUGCUCUCGAAAACUCGCAAAGGUUCUCGCGGCUCAGUAUUAGUCGGAGCCCAAAGCUGCAGAAUCAUUCUACGAUCACGGAUCAUCUAGCAAUCCCCAACGCGAGCCAUUUCAAACCCCCACCCUGUGAAGAUUCCGAUGGUGGUGGUCGCAGCUCUCGUGAGAUGACAGCUACGGACCCAGAUGAUCAUUCAGCAGAGGAACCGUACGCCAAACUGAUCCAUCGGGCGUUAAUGAGUGUGCCGAGCCACUCCAUGGUUCUCCAAGAAAUCUAUCAAUGGUUUCGCGACAACACAAUGAAAGGCAAUGCCGACAACAAAGGUUGGAUGAACAGUAUCCGCCACAAUCUAUCUAUGAAUGCUGCAUUUAAGAAGACCGAGCGGAAAAUUGCAGGCGAUGAGACAAAGAAAUCUACUGAAUGGGUCCUCGAAGACUUUGCUAUUAAAGACGGGGUUCAAUCCACGACAAGAUAUCGCAAAGGGACAGGAGCCAAGAAAUUCGUGAAGUCUGACAAUCCUACACCGUCGAGACAAAGUUCUGGUCGAAAGGGGGGUAUCUCCGCCAGGCAGACCAAAUUGCAAAGACAAAGAAUUCGAGAAGAACGAUCUGAUUCCCGGCGUGGAAUACAGAAGCACGACACACACCAAUCACAGUUCUUGCAACACACGCUGAAUCAGAGGAUGCAGCGACUGAGUUCGCCGUCUACGCCGCCUAGCCAUGAAAACAUGCCUUCUAUGAACCCAUAUUUCCUUCCCAAGGCCGAACAACUGGAGGUACCCUAUGAGGAUAUGUGUGGCCUUGAGGUUGUUCAGGGGGUCUAUCUGGAUGACGGCCCGGUAUUUACAAGUAAUCAUGACGGGCUACCCGGGUACUAA